UAAUUGCGUGCAGAACAGUCAGUGCUUCCUUACCGGUCAAUCUUCAUAGGCUAUAGAUUCAAGUAACGCGUUUUUGCCCGCCUUCCGGUUUUUUGUCACAGUGUGCGAUACAAAAAAAAAAAAAAAAAUAAUCCGCGGAUAACGAAUUCAAAAUCAUUUAUCAUUAUUAUCACGGAAACAUGAAGGUAAUUAGAUGGAUUGGCUGUAUAGUAGCAUUGUGCAUUUGCCUUUCAGAAGCGAGAUAUAAAAUUCGAAGACCACUACCGGCACCACCACCACAAAUUUAUAAAAAAUCAUGGCCAAUUGGCUCAAGAAUUUCCAUGGGAAAUACCAUUCAUAUAAAUUCAAAUUUCCCACCAAAAAGAUCACCACCACCACCACCUCCUUAUAAAACAAAUAAUUAUAGAAUCAGAAGGCCUCCUGUUUUUAAUGUUGUACCAAACGGAUGGAAGUCUCAUCAGAUUCCAGUUAUUUUAAAUAAUCAUGCAGUUUUACCACAACGACAAUCAAUGAAAGAAUUUCAUUCAUUGAAUAAAGCACCUGAAUACAGUCCCGAAUAUAGGCCAGAAAAUGUUAUAAUUCCAUCCGCCCAUCGUGGAGCUAUUGAUGAUGAUAAAGGACCAAUUCACACAAUUCCCGCGCCGAAUUUAAGUCUCGCGGAUAAACCCUACAAUUUAAUUAAAGCAAAGGCUGCUGAAAAAAUUCACGAUGACAAUCAACAACGACAUCACUAUGAAACCAAAUACAAUAUCAAUUUUCCAGGUACAAGUGUAACUCCUCAAAGACAAGUGACAAGUGCAACACCAACACAACAUCAAUAUGAAGUAACAGAAGCAAAUGAUAUCAAUAUAAAAGACUAUCAUACAAUAUCACCAAAUUAUUUUACACCUGAAUUUGAAUCAACAAGAAUUUCCUCUGCUCACAAUCCUGAAGUUCAAGCAAAUGAAAUUUAUUUAAGUCAUACACCAAUUUCAAAUAGUGUCAAUCAAAUUGGAACAAAUAAUAAUAAUAAUAAUCCCUUUGGACAAGGAAAUAUUCCAAUGCAAACAAAUUUACAUAGUUCACUUGCAGUUGGUUUCCCAGGUACGGCAAGUCAAGCAACAUCAAUUGGUGGUGGCCAUCAACAAUUGCCUGAUCUUCAUGUUGGUCAUCCAGCACCAAUUGGUCCACCAUUGUCAGCGCCACAAUUAUACGAUUUAUUAAAUUCCCUUCCACAACAAUUAUCCGAACAAUAUACAAAUGGCCAACAACCACAAUUACAACAACAUUUACUACAACAACAAUUGGGACAAUAUUUUCAAACUGAUGUCAAUGGAGUGACACGUUUCUCACAACCACAAAUGCAUUCAUUUAAUUAUGAUGAGCAGGCAAAUAAAAAUCAACAACAAAUUCUUAUUGGACAAAAUUAUGGUUCUGGUAAAGUGACAGCUGAUUAUAAUUUAGAACCAGAAUCAUCUGAUGAUACAAUUAAAAAUAUUGUCCGUCCCAAUGAGGAAUUAAAUUAUCCACCCGAAGUAUCUGAACAACAGGAAAAUAAUAUUGAAUUUGAACAAACAUUAAAUCAAAAGGGCCAAACGACACAUUUUCAAAAAGUAAAAAAUCCCGGUAGUAUAUCGAGUCAAUUUUACACAACACUUCCUAAUAGAGAGGCAGCUGAAAAACUGGCCGCUCUCGCUGCAGCCGGUAAUGUCAAUAGUCAUCUUAUAGAUCAAUUAAAAAAGCAACAAGAAAUUCAACAAGACGAACCAUUGCCAGAGAAUCAUAAAGAUGAAGAUUUUCCAAAACCUGAACAACAACAAGAAACAGAAGAGGAAUUACAACAAAAACAACGUUUAGGUGAAAAACGAAAGCAAAUAUAUCAACAACAAAGAUUUAGAGAACAGCAAAUAAAAAAAGAACAGGAAAACGAACAAUAUGAACAGAGAUAUAGACAACAGCAACGUUAUAAAAAACAACGACAAAAUAAUCAAGAAGAAAAUGAAAAUAAUAAACAAUUGAGAAUAUUUGUUCCCGAUGUGGAUAAUAAGGAAAUUAAAAAUCAAUCAGCUACCGAAAAAGAAACAUUCGAAGAAUACGAAUAUGAAAAUGAUGAACCCGAAAGUACGGAUACAAAUCAAAAUAAUGAUGAUGUCUCAUAUGGUCAAAGUGGUAAAUCCGAAUUUGGUUCGCGAUUAAAAAAAACAGGCAAAUAAUUUCCUAGAUUCAUAUUUUUUUUUUUUUUGUAAAUACAGUUCAUAAGCAUUUAUUAAAUAAGAGAAAAACUUUUUUUUUAUCAAACUAUAAAAACAAAAUUCUAAUAAUACAAUAAAUUAAAUAUUGAAUUAUUAUUAUAAUUAUGUUCAUAUUACCGAAAGACUGUAAAAAUGAAGAAAAAAAAAUUCCUCUAUAUUUAUUUAAACAUAUUUGCUUUAGAUAUAAUAUUAUUUAUUUUCAAUAUUGUUAAUAAAGUAUUUUUUCUAUGAAGAAAAAAA